AUGAGUAUCAACGUAUAUCUUAGUCAUACAAACGACGCUCUCUUUCCAGAUGGCGCUGUUGACAGCGACUGGACUGAAAUAUUCAAAGAGGAAGAAGCUCAACUAUGCCGCGACGCAAACCUCGAUGUCAAGAGGGCUUUAGCCAUGAACGUCCCUUCUGUUGUAGCUAUUGAAAAGAAACAGAAAGACCAAGAUAAACGUGUUGUCGACCUAGAAAAUUACUCCCGGAAAUCAGACGAGCGUAUCGGAAGCCUUCUGAAGCAGAUUAACAGUCUAAGGGACGAAGUCGAAUCCAACUCAACGAUCGCAUUCGAAGCGAUCGAAUCGGCUACAUACCAGAAAAUGGUCCUGGACAAGUUUGAUAUGAUAGGCGAUGACAAGCAAGAUCUUAACAACUUUCGAGGAGGUCAGGGGCGCGACAUAAGGGCGUUACGUGUCAGAGCAAACGGCGUGCCAUCGCUCAAGAGGAAGUUCGAUGAUCUCAAGAAGCAAUGA